AUGGCAACACCAAUAAAAGAUGUCCAACUCUCCCCGGAUCGGCCAAAAACUCUUCUUUUACAAAAACACACACAAUUCCUCGCUGAAUACGCUCGCAAUGACGACAGCUACGAAACCGGCAUGACAGACUACCUAAAAAUGUCCGGUAUGUACUGGGGCCUCACUGCUUUAGACCUCAUGGAUGCAAAAAACAUUCUCCCAGAAGAUGACAUCAUCAAAUUCAUCCAAAACUGUCAGGAUAAAACCUCCGGUGGAAUAAGCGCGACAUUAAACCACGAUCCACACAUUCUCUACACAUUGAGUGCUUGUCAAGUACUCAGUAUUUAUGGUAAACUUAAUAAUUCCGUUGUAAAUAUUGAAGGAAUAGUUGGUUACAUCAAAGGAUUACAACAAGAAGAUGGAUCUUUCUGGGAUAAAUGGGGAGAGGUUGACACACGGUUUUCUUUCUGUGCUGUGUUAGCACUGGCAUUACUCGGACGUCUAGAUGCGAUAAACAUUGAAAAAGCGAAGGAUUUCGUCAUUUCCUGCAUGAAUUUUGAUGGUGGGUUUGGUAGUAGACCUUUGAGUGAAAGCCACGCUGGUUUGAUUUAUUGUUGUGUAGGAUUUUUAUCUGUUACGAAUAAUUUAGACGUGGUUGAUAGGGAUGCGUUGUCCUGGUGGUUGGCUGAGAGACAAUUACCCUCUGGUGGUUUAUGUGGUAGACCUGAGAAGUUGCCCGAUGUUUGUUAUUCCUGGUGGGUGUUGUCUAGUUUGGUUAUGUUGGGUAGGCUGCAUUGGAUUGAUAAGGAUAAAUUGAUAGGGUAUAUACUUGCGUGUCAGGAUAAUGAGAGUGGUGGGUUUGCGGACCGGCCGGGGGAUAUGCCCGAUCCGUUUCAUACGGUGUUUGGGCUUGCGGCAUUGUCGUUGUUGGGGUAUGAAGAGAAGGAAGUGGAUUGUGGGGAUGGGGAUAAAGUUGGGAAGAGAAUUAGGGAAGUGAAUGCUACUUUUUGUAUGCCGCAGUAUGUUAUUGAUAGGAUAGGGAUUAAAUCACAAUAUUUAAGGGAUUGAUAUGGGUAAUAAAUGAUGUUUUAAGGAGA